AUGGGACUGGGAGAAGAUGUUCAGAAUAUCUCAAAAGCCAAACCCAGAAGGAUAAGCACUCAAGAAAGCUACAUCACCAGCAAUACCACCACCAUCAGCACCAUCACAAUUAUCACCAUCAUCCUCAUCACCAUCACCAUCAUCAUCACCACCACCAUCAUCACCAUCAUCAUCACCAUCAUCUGCCUUACCAUGAUCAUCACCACCACCAUCAUCACCUCAUCACCAUCAUCAUCACAAUCAUCACCACCACCACCAUCAUCAUCAUCAUCACCAUCACCAUCAUCAUUACCAUCAUUAUCAUCACCACCA